AUGUCAGAAGGCGUGGGUUUGGGUCGACGAGCUGUGGAAACACCCCACCUGUCCGGCCUGCCAGGCUCGGUCACCUUUGACGACGAGGCUGAGGUUGGCGACUUCUUCCCAGACGACACGCCCACUCCUCGCCCAACGAAGGCCCAGGAUGACCGCUCCAAGCGCAACACCCGCAUCCUUAAGUCCCUUCGGAAGGUGUGGGCUGAUCUCCCGGAUGAGGAGCUUCAGGAGGCCAUCUCUGAGGCAACCGAUGUGGCCAGGAAGUGCUCUGACACCUAUGAGAGAGGAGUCCUUCUGCACGUCCCCAAGACUAAGGUAGACUUAGUUCUUGAAGCCUUGGGGCUCUCUCCCGAGGCCCUCACGGAGGACCAAAAGGCCAACCUCAAUGCCCUUCGAGCCUCGAUAAAGCCACCUCCGGACAUGCAAGCUCCCCCUGGCCUCGGACCUACGCCUUUUAAGUUCGGCUCGGAGGCCCAGGACGGAUCUGCCGAGAACCCUGGGACUCGCCAGGUCGGCCUUACCACCCGGGCGAAGACCCGGAGCCGCUCACCUUCCCGAGUGCCCUCGGCCUCUGACGCUGCCAAGGCGACUGGUUCCUUUCCCGCCCUUGACCCCGCACCCUCCCUCCUUCAGGUUCCCUCCCGCAUACCUCCUCCCCUCGGCUUAGCCGUUUUGGAGCCUGAGGUUUUGGGCAGGUCCUUUUCCACUCCGCCGUCGGGCCAACUGCCCGUGGCUCAACUCCUUCCGAGCGAGGGGUACUGGCACACCUCUUUCUUUGAGGAGCCAUCGGCCUCCUCCUCGGUUUUUAACUUCACUCUUGACGGCCCAGGUUCGGGAGCUUUCCUUCACCCUCAGGUGUUCGUUCCUCCCUCGGCCGGCUCUACCUCCUCCUCCCCUGAGUGGGUAGAGGUUCCACGCUCUUCUCCACGGCAGCCCCGGAUUCUUUCUCUUGAGUCCUUGGUGGCGCCUCCCUCUCUUCUCACAGGGCCGGUUUACUUCCCACAGGCUUUCGCCUCGGACCCCAGCCCUGCCUCGACCUGGUGCCCUAAUUUGGUCCAGCCCUCCGGCCCAUCGAGCCGUCGAGGUGCCAGGCGUGAUAGACGGACCAAGCACCGUCGCCACCGGCUCCACAAGCCGGGCCUAUUCACCCAGCUCCAGGUCGAGAUGUGCGACCAGGCCCUGAAUCCUGCCUCCUCGGUUGAGCGCGACCUUGUUCAGUUCGCUUCUAAGGUCGAGGAUGCUAUUUCGUCGGGUUCUUCCGAGGAGUGGUUUUUGGAACAUGCCCUUGAUGCCAUCCAUGAUGACACACCCUCCCCCGCAAAGUGGCACCUCCUCAAGCAAAUGGCUCAGGUUCUCUCGCUGCAACAUAAUACUCCCCACAGCCCCGCUUCCUUCAGGCUCCUGUCUGCCAAUGUUACUCACUGGAGGCCAGAGGUUCGGGAUUGGGCCUUCUCUCUGGAAGGCCAUGGGGUUCUGCUUCAGGAGCUUCACCUCACCACGGAGGCUGCUCAUGAGGCUGCGAUUGCCGCCUCUAAAAGAGGGUUCCGUCUCUUUUCCUCGCCUCCCUUCCUGAGUGAUAAGAGGCGCCCCUUGGGAGGUUUCGGUGUCCUCAUCCGCUCCUUCCUUAACCCUCGUCAUGUCCUCACCCACACCGUUGAGGGUUGUGGUUUCCUGGCGGUCUCGCUUCGGUGUUCCGGUUUCGAACUGACCCUGGUUUCCAUUUACCUCCAGUCCGGUACUGGCUUUAACUCUCCGGUCAACGCCGAUGUCCUAGCUCGCCUCUUAGCCUUUCUUCCUUCCCUCCGGGGUGUGUGGAUUGUCGCCGGUGACUGGAACAACCCCAUACAAGAUCUCCUCGCCACACGGCUUGAGGAAGUUUCCCAUGGGCGUUUCCUGGGUUCCGGUUCACCCACCGCUGCAACCGACCGGGAAAUUGACUACUUCCUUGUCUCGUCUCCGGCUGUUGCUUCCUUGCAAGUGGCUCAGGACUGGGUCGUCCCCUUCAAGCCUCACUGCGCUCUGCGGGCCACUCUUCAGCUCAGCUCUCUGCAGCUUCCCUACCCGCAACUCGCUACCUUUUGUGAGGUCUUUCCCGACCCUUUGCCCUUUCAACCCUCGGUCCCGAGCCCCUCGCCUGUCGCUGAGGUUAAUCUUCUUGGCCUCACUUCCACCGACAAGCUCACUCUCGACUUCGCCGAGCUGAGCUCUUUCCUUGAGGUCUCUCACGGGUUCCCCGACCGAGGGCGUGGGGCUUUCGUCCCCCUUCUUCACAAGCCCCUCGUCCAGGGCCACUCUGUCACUUUUGCCUGGAAAGGCCAGCUCCCCUCCUUGGUGUCUGCCGUGCUUCACCUGCUCGACCGGCCCGAAGCUGUGCAGUCCUUCUUGUGGUCCACUUCGGACACUUCCCUCCCCUCGGAGGUCCGCGCCUUUUGUGACCGGGUGCGCGACGGCUCCGCUUCUUCCGCCACCCUCCGCGCCGAAGGCACCGCCCUCCUUGGCCAACUCCGGCGCGAGCAAACUGCCCAGCAAUCUGACCAGUACGGCGAGUGGCUUGAGGAAGCUUCGGGUUCACACCUCGGCCCGCUCUUUCGUGCCAUCAAGUCCCAUGAGCAGGUGCUUGACCGGCCCUUUCAAGACUGCGAUGGACUCCGCCGUGUCUUUGAGAGGCACGAGCAUUGGGGCCGCGUCUGGCAUGCCUCGGUCUUCCCCCAGCACUUUUCUCACCCUCUCCUCGCGGAGCUCCGCUCGAGGGCCGUCUCCCAUGCUGGCACCCUGGCUCCCUUGACUGUUCCCAACCUUCAAAAACUUCUCAAGAAAGCCGGGAAAAAGAAAGGGGGCCCAGACGGAUGGAGCUACCCAGCCCUCCGUGCACUGGACCCGGCGGCUCUUCAGCUCGUAGCCGACUUCCUCGCCCGUGCUGAGGCUGAGGUCCUUCUGCCCUUCCAGCUCACUUGUGUUGAGGUCGCUCUUCUCCCGAAGUCGGCCGACAAGGAGCGCCCCAUCAGUCUCCUCCCCUGUCUGUGGAGACUGUGGGCCCGAGCCAGGUGGAAGGACGUCGCGGCCUGGACGUCGGCUUACGCCCCCGCCCACCCGUGGGACCGGGCGGUUCCGGGCCAGGCCAGCCUGGACACGGCGUUGGCCCGCCUUGUCAGGUCAGAGCAUUCAAAGCUCGAGAAGACUCACAUCGUGAGUCUCUUCCUCGACUUGCGAGGUUUCUUCGACUCUGUGAGCUAUGAGCGCCUUCUCCUCCAAGGGCUCGCUCACAGUUUCCCUCCUCUUCACCUCUGGUUCGCCCUCCAGGUCUACCAGGGUCCUCGCUGUCUCGUGGCCGACUCGAUCGCUGCCACGCCGCUCUUUCCUGGCCGGGGCGUACCCCAGGGCUGCCCCCUCCCACCCUCGCUUUCCAAACUUACCAUGUCUGAGCCACUCCAGAAGGUUUCCUCCCUUCCCUCCGUCACCAACACAGACUUAUGGUUGGACGACGUGAGUUUAGACGUGGUAGGUUCUGACCCUGUCGAGGUCGCUUCCGCAGCGCUUCAGGCCUACCGGGUUCUUCACGCCUCCCUCGGCCUUGAGGGCCUAGAGGUUGAGACCACAAAGACCAAGUUCGUUGCCGGUACGGUCCGCGCUCGCGCCGCGCUUCAGCAGCUGCGGCGCCCGGGCGAACCCGACACCGCUGACCUUGCCGGCGGCGGCGCAUCACCACCGCCCAAAAGCGCUUUCGCACAGGCAUCGGUCGUGUCCGCCACAUGCGCCGCCUCCGCAUCCGCCGCACGUGGGCUGCUCCAAGCCUCCGCCCUCAAGGCUGGUCUUUAUGGCCACCAGGCCGUUGGGGUUGCCCCUAAGCGCCUCAAGGUUUUACGCUCGGCGGUUGCGCGCGAAGCUGGCCGUUUUGAGCACGGCUCCGCCGACGUGAUUCUCGACCUCAUGUCCCACAAGGCCGUUGACCCACACCAGCUUGUGGUAGUGGAACAGCUUCAGGCCCUUGGGCGACUUGCCUCCAGCGCCUCACCCGAAGGCGUGCGGUUACUCACCCGCACUUGGGCCUCCUCCUGGUCCAGACAGGCCUCUGCCACCCAUGGGUGGAAAAUCGUGAACGGUCCCGUGUCCGCGCUCAUCCAGUACUUGCUGGACUUGCGGGUGUCUGCCCCUACCCCUGAAGUCUGGACACACCGCGAGGCUACCUUUCACUUCCGCUUCCGCGAGCCAGGAGCGGUUUUUGAGGCCUCCGCUUUCCUUCGCCAGGUCAUUCAGCUCGAGCGCUGGUCCCGUAUUGGCGCCGUCUCCACUGCCGCUGGUGCCGCCCUUGGCAUCGAUUGGACCGUGCCGCGCCGCCUCUUAGCCAGUUCUCGGACGAAGCCCUGGCGGCACGGCCUUAGGGCCGUCUUUCAAGGCGCCCUCCUCCACUCGGGCAACGGAGGGAAGGAACGGUGCAAGUUCUGCCUCUGGUUGCGCGGGAUGCGGCCCCUCAACACCCGCGAUCCCCUCGCCCACGAGGCUGAGGUCCGCCGCACUGGUCUCUUCCUCGAAGGCACCCCGGACUUAACUGGGCUUUUCGUUGCUACCGACGCUUCCGGUGGCCCUGCCACCAAAGACAGUCGCCUCCGCUCGGUCGGUUGGGCCGUCAUAGUCGCUAGCAGGCACGAUGGCGACUUCUCUGUCCUUGGCACCCUGUCGGGGCUCUUGCCGGCCCCCGCCUCCGUCCCGGAAGGCGAGAGUGAGGCUAUCGCCCAGGCCCUCCUUUCCUCUCGAGGCACCUUCGACCUCACCUGUGACUGCCAGCCUGCCCUCCGGAGCCUACAAGGCCCCUUUACCAAGCGCACCUCGCUUGUGUGGUCUAAGGCGUGGGACCAAAGGCACAGAGCCGAGCCCCACUGGGUCCGCUCCCACCUCAACUCCUCGGACUUUUGUCUUGAGUUCGGCGCUGAUGCCUUGUGGCGCCGCGAGCUCAACUCCCUGGCAGAUAAGCUCCUUAAAGACCGCGCUGAGGAAGAGGUUGACCGGGUCACCUCCCUCGUCUGCGAGUACUUGGGCCGUCGCGCCGCUGCAAUUCUUGCCAAGGCCGAGAAAGAAGACUUUGUCCCGCGGAAGAACCGCCUUCUCUCCGCUCUUGAGUCUUCCGCUUCUCCCUCGCCCAACAAGAGGCAGAGGUUGCAAGCUCUUCUCGACGAGCCCCUUCUUCCAGGCGGGCACGUCUGGACCCAAACCUCAAAAGAAAAGAGCUUUAACCUGUGUGUUAAGUGUUCUGAGUGCUCCUUGUGCAUUUACCAGGUUGACACACCGGAAACCUUUGAGCGCCUCAUUUCCUUCCCGUGCCGAACGGCUGCGGUUUCGUGCCCUUUUGCUGCCCACCCCUCGCACUCCCUCGUGCGUCAGGGGCCGUCCUGGAAGUGCAGCCAAUGCCACGGUCACGUGACUCUGCGAAUGGGCGCCGCGCCAAAAAAGCUCGUAGCGCCCUGUGCGCUUCCUUCGGUGCGGGGUUUCUUUUCUAAAGGUUCCUCCCCUUCUGGGCCCCAGGGUUCCCCUCCUGCCUCUGCUGCUGCCCCGGUGGUUCCCCCUGGUUCUGCGCCUGCUACUGCCCUCACUUCGGUUGAGGUCCUAGCACCCAAGGCUUCCUCUCCCCUCGAAGGCUCUGGGUCCCCUUCGGAGCUUCGGCUCAAGGAGGGCACCAUGGCGCCCAAGGGCAAGGGCCGCCACGCUCGCGAGCAACAGGAGCGAUGGGACCAGACAGGGAUCUGGCGCAGCACAAGCUCCCUGUCCAGACGCAAGUUGCGUCCGGACAAGGCAGCACGCGCUAAGGCCAAAGCGCGCCAGGAGCAGGACCGCGAGAGGGUCCAGGCCAACCCGCCUCCCGCCCCUCCACCUGCUCCUCGCCGAAGGGCUGAGGUAGACGACGACGACGACCAGCCUCUUCCCUGGUCACGCCGCGUGACGAACCGAACGACGGCCAGCAAGUCGUCGGGCUCUGCCGGCCCUUCGCCCCCUGUGGCUGAGGUUGCAAUGGAGCGCAAAGAUCCGGAUGUGCUUUAUCUCGAGAUCGAAACAAGGCGGGGGGGGCAGGGCGCUUGGCAUCGCCUCACGCUCAACCCACUCUCUUCGUUGCAGUUUCUCCUCGGAGAAACGUCGCGACUGGCAGGUUUUACCUGCCGCAGCGCGAGAAUAUGGCCGGACGGUGGGUUCCUCGGAACCCACCGGGCCGUAGGAUCGCAACUCCCGCCAGGAGUUCGAUGGUUGCUCGUGGACGAGCAUGAGAUCGCGGCUCACGACAGACCGCAUCUCGCGGUUCCCCAACGAGCGGUGGCACCCGAGCUCCCCCCAGCAACCUCCUCGCCUCCGGCUGAGGUUUCCCUCCCCUGUGCUGCUUCCCUGGCCACACGUGGGUCUUCCCCGCUCCCGGAACCAACUGGUCCUCCGAUGAGCUUUCACCCCCGUAACCGUGGGCCUUUUGCACCGGAGUUGCUUCCUCAGCCCGGGCCAGCUCUCGGCCCGCUGCCCCCUCCCCGGCCCCUCUUCGGCAGCCCUAGCAAACCAGGCCUCCCUGAACAGGGCACCCCUGCCUCCAAAGCCACAGCUCUUCGGAGAACCCUGGGGUCAAGCCCUCGCCUCUGGCUGAGGCUGCAGCCUCUGCUUCAGUUGGCCAUGAGCCACACGCCACCGCUGCUUCGGCAGCUGCAACCCCUAGCGCUGUCUCGACAGCUGGAAGUUUCGGGUCUCUCCACGGCCCCGCCGGACCCUGCAGAGCCAGGUCUCGAAUUCAGCGAGAACUUUCUCCGCUGUUUUGCAUGCGGGGUCACUACCUCCAAUCAACAACUGAUGGAGGCUCACGCCAUGACGGCGAGGCACGUCCGCCUCACCACGGCCAAGCGAAGGCGUGACCUGGCAGCGGCAAAGGCUGCACCUCUGGCUCCUUCCUCGCCUUUUGGCUGA